CUUGAAAACUCAAAUAGCUCAUCCUCUCGUAGAGCCUGCCUUAUUGAUCCACUUUAUGAUGACUUUUUGACUUUUGACUUUUUCUACACGCAGUGGCUCGUACCUGUUCGUUCCAUGCUGAAGAAUCUCGUGUCCAAGAUGGUCAAAAUCGGAACCCACAACGGGACAUUCCAUUGCGAUGAAGUCCUGGCUUGUGCCAUGCUCAAACUAUUGCCGGCAUUCCAAGACGCAGAGAUUGUGCGAUCCCGAGACCCCAAGGUCUUGGCCGAGUGCGAUAUCGUGGUGGAUGUGGGCGGUGAGUUCAACGUGGACACCCAACGGUUUGAUCACCAUCAGAAGUCGUUCAACGAGACCGUGUCCAGCCUCAUGGAGGGCAAGAAGUGGGUGACCAAGCUCAGCUCCGCUGGCCUUGUGUAUGUGCAUUAUGGCAAACCGAUCAUUAAACACGUCCUGGACGUGCAAGACGAUCAACUGGUCGAUAAAGUAUUCGACAAGGUGUAUGCCAAUUUCAUGGAAGAAAUCGACGCUCAAGACAACGGGAUCCCGACCCACGAUGGCGAGGCCCGAUAUCAGAUCUCCACCCAUUUGGGUGCUCGCGUGGCCAAUUUGAGGCCCAAGUGGAACGACGACACUCAGGAUUUUAACGCGGGAUUCCACCGAGCCUUGGAUUUGGUGCGCCCCGAGUUUCUGGACAAAGUCCGCUACUUUGCUCAAGUGUGGUGGCCUGCCCGCGGGAUUGUGGCCACGGCCUUGGAGGAACGAUUCAGUCUGCACAAAAGUGGCCGCAUCAUCUUCUUCCAGAAUGGCAGGUGUCCCUACAAAGAGCAUUUGUUUGAUCUGGAGGAAGAACAAGGCAUCGCGGGUCACAUCUUGUACGCCGUGUUCGCAGACUCGAAUGGAUCUUGGCGAGUGAGCGCCGUGCCCGUGAAGGACCAAGCGUUCGAGUCUCGACUCAAGUUGCCGGCCGCUUGGCUGGCCUUGCGGGACGAGGAGCUCUCGGGAACGAGUGGCAUCCCUGGUUGCGUGUUCGUUCAUGCCAAUGGAUUCAUCGGCGGAAAUGCCACCAAGCAAGGCGCUUUGGCCAUGGCCAUCAAGAGCGUAGAGAUGAGCUCGCACGUGUGACUGAUGGCAAGCAAGUUGGUGUUCGCUCGGGUUCUGGGCACCACCUUCAAUGAAUCGUUCGAGUGCUGGAAAAAUAAAGAACAAAAGGCGUGAGUUUUCA